CUAGUUCUAACUCCUUUAAGAAUUAUUUCCUAGCGUGUGCGUGGAUAAAGUGCCUUACCACAGCCAUUUACAAAAAAUAGUAACCAUAAUUCAAGGACAUUUUUUUAAUAAGCAGUAAAAAACAUGUCAUCCAAAACUGGGCUCCCUAAUUUAAAUAGCUUCAUGGAGAAGCGAGUUUUGGUUAAACUACAGGGCGGUCGCUCGAUAUCCGGCGUGCUGCGUGGCGUUGAUAAGUUUAUGAGCAUCGUCUUGUGCGAUAGCGUCGACGAAACCCGCAACCCGGCAAUCGAGGCCCAGCCGGCGGAGGAUCGAGUUUCUAUGGGAAUGGCCCUCGUUCGUGGAAGUGCGAUAGUUGAAAUAGUUAGCCAAGAGCUAUGAAUACUAUGCAAGUAGGAAAAUUUGAAACCUACAUGUUCGGAGGCAUUAAAUUUUAAGCAGAAAAGAAUCCCAUCUGCAUUCAAAGAUAAAGUCGACAUAGAGUAACUAUUGUUUUUUGAUGCAUGAGUUUUAUUGAGGGAAAUCU